CAUUGAUUUGGGCGCAUAACUGUCAAAACCCCAACUCGUCCUUUUCCGUUCUCUUUAUUCAGCACAGAAGGGAGAGAGGGAGGAGGAGAGAGAGAGCUUAUCCCGGAGAUUGACGGCAGCGAAGAGCUUUCACAUUCUCACGACAAGCAAAGUUUUGCAGGCAAAAGGCCCAACCAGAGCUCUGGUUAGUGGUUUCUGCGUUUAUCUUUCCAUUAGAGCAGUUUGUAAGCAACUAUGAGCAACCAUGAAAGACAGCAAACAAUUUGAACGGCCAUGGAAAAAGGGCAGUACGUUUGGGAAACAGACGAAAUAAGAACUUUCUGGAGAGUAAUUUGUAGAGAGAGUUCAAGGACUUGGGAGGCCUUUUAUUGAUUCUGGAAUUUAGUUCCGCCGACGUUCGAUCAUUCAGUUUUGAUGCGGUUUCAGAGCGUCAGGAGACGUAAUUAACUGUUGAACGGAUUCGACUUCUUGUUGAUUCAGGAAUAUGGUUUUGUUGUUUUCUGGAAGUCGUCAGUAAUUACUUGGGUUGUCUAGAAAAGAGGAUGAAUCACUGCGUUCCUGAUUUCGAGAGGGACGAAGAUUUCUCGCUUUCUAAUUCUUCCGUGCAAUCGCGCUUCAAAACAUCUUCCAUGUCAGACGGCGAGGUUAUGGAACUUCUUUGGCAGAACGGGCAGGCGAUUAUGCAAAAUCAGAACCAGAAUUCUAGAACGAAAUCCCCACCUUCAACAACCGCCGAGCAAAUUACGAGUGGAGAUAAUCAACCUUUUCAACAAGAUGAACCACCGCAGCUUUUCAUGCAGGAAGACGAAAUGAGUUCGUGGCUUCAUUAUCCUCUUGUCGAUGAUUCUACCUUGGAGAAUAGCUUCUGCAAUGAACUCCUCUAUCAUUCGGAUCCUCGGAGUAUUGAGCAAAACGAUAGCGUUUCUUCUCAAAUUCGUACUAGUCAUGGCGUGGAGUUUCAGCCGUUAACGACGACGGCGACUUCAACGAUGGCUGCUCGGCCGCCAAUACCACCAAUGAGAAGAACGGAACCGGAAACAGAGGUAAAUAAUUUCGGACUCUUCUCGAGGUUUACACCUACGGUCGAAUCUCCUCCGUCGAAUUCGAAGAGCAUAGUAAGAGAAUCUCCGGUGGUUGGUUCGACUUCGAGCAACACAACGGUGUUGACGCUCGAAUCUACGGCUUCGGAAUUACGGAGGACGGCUACCGCCGAUGCAUCAAUCGGUGAUUUAGCCUGCGCGGUGAUGAGCGGUGGUGGAGUAGCGGCUACAUCGACUGGUAAUGGUGUAGGGCUGAUGAAGAUUAUAGGUGGUGAAACAGAAUCGAUUCAAAGGACGAUGAGUCUUGAGGACCGGAAGCGGAAAGGGAAAGAAAUGGAUGAUUCCGACUACCAAUGCUACAGCCCGGACGUCGGGUUUGAAGCUACUGAUGCGAAGAAGCAAGCUCGUGGAUCAACCUCUACAAAAAGAUCUCGUGCUGCUGAGGUCCAUAAUCUGUCUGAGCGAAGAAGAAGAGAUAGGAUAAAUGAAAAGAUGAAAGCUUUGCAGGAGCUCAUACCUCGGUGUAACAAGGUAGACAAAGCUUCAAUGUUGGAUGAGGCAAUUGAGUACUUGAAGUCACUUCAGUUGCAAGUUCAGAUGAUGUCCAUGGGAUGUGGUAUGGUGCCCAUGAUGUUUCCUGGGGUCCAACAAUUCAUGCCGCCAAUGGGAAUGGGACUUGGAAUGGGCAUGGGCAUGGGCAUGGAAACAGGUGUGAACCGUCCCAUGAUGCCAUACCCCAACAUGUUAGCUGGGCCAAUGUUUCCAAGGCAAUCUGGAGCUGCUCAACUUGGCCCAACUUUCUCAUUCCCAGCCUUCAAUAUGGCGCAUCAGAAUUCAAGAAUUCAAGAAACAAAUCAGUCGGAUCACUUCCACAGCUUACCAGGAAUGAAAAAUAUAAACCCGCCAGAGGCCUCAAGUUCACUCCAUGGCUAUCAGCAGUUUCUUGGUUCCCAACAGAUGCCUGCGCCAGCCGCAGUAUCACAGCCUUCCCGACAGAAUCAACCAGCCAAUCAACAAACUAGUCGGGGACUUGAAAACAUCGACAAUCAUGAACCAAGAAGCCCCACCAUGGAUCCAUGCUGAAAUUGGAGGAAGCAUGGAAUGUCCUGGAUAGGCCUCCAUGCCUGCAAAAUUUUGUAGCUAGGUAGAGUUUGAUUACAAUAACAUAACACAGGUUUACAUGUAAAUUAUGCGUAGUUCUUACACAUAACCACACCCAACAGAUCAGCUAGAUGUGACUUGUUGAGACUGUGUAUGCUAUGAAUAUUUGUGAUUGAAACAUUGGUGUUGAUAAUGAGUUUGUUGAAAGAAGGGAGAGGAGCAGGUUUGUUCUUGAACUAUGGGAAAAUUGUGUGUGAGUUCAUGGAGUUUUGUGCACUUGCAAAUUGCAAUGACCUGCUUGGAACUCUUGGAAAUGGCUUGAUAUUAUUUCGUCU